AUGACGAUGACUGGCCGUGUGCUGCUGGUGUGUGCCCUCUGCGUGCUGUGGUGCGGUGUCUGCGGUGGUGGACGAGCUGAAACACCUCCUCCAGAUUCUCCGGAUAAUACGUCCGACGGGAACACUCAAAACGAAGAAGGGACCGUCGUUGGCGCUGGAGGAGGUGACCAAAACGAUCAACAGGCAGCGCCACAAGCAGCAGCACCAACGACGUCAGGAUUACCGGCAGCGGCACCGAGCCCGUCACCGGCACCACAAUCCGGAAGAGAAGCAUCAGAAAAGGCAAGUACAACCACGGACAACGAGGAUCAAAACAAAGAAGAUAAAAAGAAUGAAGAACAAAAGGAGGAGAAAAAAAAGGAAGAAGAAGAGGAAGAAGAGGAAGUGGAAAAGGAAGUGGAAGAGAAUGAUACGAAGGAAGAGAAUGAUACGAAGGAAGAGAAUGAAGAGGAGACAAAGAAAGAAGAGCCUGUUACCGGCACCACAGAGGGGAUCUCAGCAGGCGGUCAAGAGCAGCCAAGUUUAUCUUCUGGUGCGGAGGGAGCAUCGAAUGAAACAAAUCCCAACAGCACACCAACAACUGGAGACGAUGACCCCGCAGCUGAUGUUUCAGGGACAGCAGAGGGAAAACAAGAUGAAAAUAAAGAAUCCAAUGCGAAAGAAACACCAGUGACGGCCACAGCCAUGAAAACUACGACGGCGACGACUGGCGACAGUGACGGCAGCACCGCGGUCUCCCACACCACCUCCCCUCUUUUGCUUCUUCUUGUUGUUGCUUGUGCGGCUGCUGCUGCGGUGGUGGCCGCGUGA